AUGUCUUCAAAACUCAUUGUUUUCUGCGCCCAAGCCUUUUUCAUUCAGAGCAUUCUCGGUCAAUGCAUCGGUAAUGUCGGCAGUAGCUACAACUUAGGUAAUUGCGACCUUCUUGCUGCGAGAAGGAACUACGAUUGGGCUACUUGUGGAAAUACCAACGCCCAAUGGUCCGGAGCUCAGUUGGGUUUACUUGAGGGACUGAGUGCUAGCUCGGGUGGUGGACUCAAUGUUCAAGCAGUCUCUCCGGUAGCCCCUGGUAGCAUCUCCAUAAUUUCCGAAAAUCAGAUUCAAGGACCUCUUGAAGUUAGCGGUACCUUACCAUUCCUUAGCGCUGUCGCAUUUGAAGGUUCACUACCAACACGAGGAUCUGGAGAAGUUCUUUAUCAAUGUGGUAAUGGAAGAGUUGGGAUUUUGGAGGAGAAUUAUCAGGAUUCCUCCCUUAAUUCUGGAUUUUUAGGUGGAAAUUCUGAAUAUUUGGGUGUGGGAUGGAAUGGAGCAUCUGCUUUCAAUGGAAUUGGCAACUGCUUAGCUUCCGAACCCGUCGCUCUUGGCUGGAAUGGAGCAUCUGCUUUUAAUGGAAUCGGCGGCUGUUUAACCCAAGAGCCCGUCGCUACGAUAUAUGGCCAAUGCAUUAAUGUGCAUAAUGGCAUAUACGACAACCCAGCCAAUAACCCGGCCAUAACUGGCAUACCUAACAACUAUUAUGCCAACGAGUUAAUCAUGCCAAAUGGCUUGGCCAAUGGUGGUGGUUUGUUCGUUAAGAGUUCUUCACCGAUAACUCCAAGCGGUGUUACUAUUCAGUCAGAUAAUUUGUUAUUCGAAGGUCCAUUGGCUGUAAGUGGCCAAUUGCCAUUCUUAGGUGUGGUGGCAUUAGAGGGACCUCUACAAGCUGCCGGAUCGGGAGCGGUGGCAUAUGGCUGUGGAAAUGGCAACGUUGGCAUCACAAGCGAAAAUUUAACACCAACAAGUAAUGCCAUCGGUGUUGGCAUUGAUCUGACUGGCCUCGGCUUACCUAUUCAUUAA